GCUUCUACAGGAACCCUCUGGGGACUGGAAGGCGAGGUUCUUGUCCGGGAUGCAACAUCAGCGCUGAGUGCCUGCAGCGGUACGAUACAGUAACAGGCGUAUCUUCACCAGGGAUCUCUGAUCAAACAGGAACUUUCUUCUUCACAUUUCUGGAUGUGUUUCUGAUUCUUUAAGAUAUUUGAACUUUUGUUGGCUCCGGUACCACUUGGUCCAGAAUUUGAAGCAAAAAGGUGGAGGCCAUGAAAGGCAAGCCAGAGAACAUCCCCCUGGCGGAGUGCACCCUCUCCCAAUCCAGGGACCAGCUGACACCCACAAGCCGAACCGAGAGCACUGUAUUCAGCCUGUCACGCAGCGAGUCCCUCUGGACCACAGAGGCAUCCAAAAAAAAGUGUGAUGUCUUCUGGUACCCCAUUCACUUCAUGGCCACUGGUGGGGUCUUCCUGGCUUGUGGCAUCAUCAUCAGCAGCCUGUAUUUUGCUCGACACUGCAGGAUGGUCACAAAUAUCCUGGGACCCGCCUUUCUGUCCAUCGGCCUGAUGGUGUUUGUGAUCGGUGUGGUCCUGAUCCCCAUCACCAAAGAGAACAGGAAGAGGUCUACGAUGAAGAGACCCCACACUUACUACAAGCCGCCCAUGUUCAAUGUGUGA